AAAGUUUUUGGUCAUCAACAUUUACCUCCCACUGGUUAAAGAUCACGGUUGAUUUGUUUCUUCAAAGAGUAUCAUGAAACAUGGAUUUCAUCUGACCUGUUUCCAGUUUAUUUGUACCCUCAUGCGUCCAAAAGGGAAACUACGGCGGUAGACGUGUUUAUUUAGAGUGUCCAGAGUCAUGAAACUUAGUCCUCGUCAAGCUCCAUUAUAUGGCAAGUGUGUGCUAACAGUUCAGCUUAGCGAUGAGGCACUCCGUGAAGGAGAACAGGGGGAGGUUCAGUUCUUCCUAUUGUUCACCGGCUCCUCUCAGAGACAUCUAACCAGCACACUGAAGCUCAACCAUGGCACCCUUCAGGCUGUGUGUCCAGCUCAUAACUGCUGUGAGUCAGUGCUGGUCACCCUGUGCUCGGCGGGACCGGACGGUUACGUUCAUACUCUGGCCACCGAGCACCUGCGCUUCAUGCAGGACCUGGCCUUCGACAUGGCCCAAUUCCUGGUGAGUGCGGUGGGGCAGACGGACAUAUUGGAAGAGGCUCUACUACUGGAUGAGCAUCAGAUCCCCCUGCAGGAGUGCGAAAAGCUGGACCAGAGUCUGUCCCUGGCCCUCAGACAUCUCACGCUGCCGCCUGGCUGGAGCCUGCUGGGGAAUAACACACGACUGGAACCUCAAGAGACACUUCUACACUUUGCAGCUCGUCGUGGGCUCCUCAAAGUGGCCAGUUUUCUCCUCGAGCAGCCAGGGGCCCGAGAGGCCCUCAACCUGUGUAACAAACAGGGAGCCACACCGGCGGUCAUCGCUGAGAGCCGAGGACACACAGAGCUGUUGGAGCUCUUCAGCCGGGAGGAUUUGGAUACAGACGCUGGCGUUGAGACGUUCAGACAGAUCUCCUCCUCGGGCAGUCAUGUGGUACAGCACCACCCCUCUCUGAACACCUACACCCUCUCUGUGGGCGCCGAGCCGGGCGGUGCAUCACCCAGCCUGCAGGCCGACAUCCUGGAGCUGUGCAGGCUGAUCCUCUGCCAUUGUCAGGGGAAGGUGAGUCAAGGAGGAGUUGUGUUUCAGCAGAGCUCAGACUCUCCACACAUUGCCCAAGAAUGUGAUCACGGCCUGGAGACCAGAGUUUGCUGUUGUGAAGAGGCACCGCACGACUCCCUUGAUACCAGAGAACGAGGGUUUAGCACAGAAGAAAACAAAGGAGAAUGUAACGACCGCCUGGAUCCCUCGCAAAUCAGGGAGGGUGACGGAGGACCCUCGCUCAGCUGUGAAACUGCCACGGCUCUCCUACACAAUGGCAGUAGUGAAGAUAAGCGGGCGUGUGCUUGUGAAAACAGUGAUACCGAUUGCACAGCACAAGUGGAGAGCUCAGCUGCUGGUGUAGUUAGUACCGGGGACAUUGGCGAUAGUAGUGAUGGUUUGCAGAGCAAUUCUGAGAGCAUAGCCUACAGAACCUCUUCCUGCGGACAACAGAAAGAGGAAGCUGAUAAAGCGGACGACUUAGUCUGUGAAAGCCAGGAAAAAGGACACAACUCUGUAGAGGAGAAAGCAUUGGAGGAGAAAGAGCUAUCUGAGCGUAGCCCCACCGCUGAGUCAGGAGAUAUGGGAAUUACUCAGUCUUUGGACACGCCGGAAAGCUCAGAUGUUGAAUCUUGUUCUCAGGGUGCUGAGACUGAUGAUGAGGAAGAGGAUGGAUGCGGAGAUCUCAUAGAACCAGAAGAGAUGCGAGAAGAAAGCAAGGAACCACUGGAAGGAAAUCCAGAUGGAGAUUGCUCGAAACAUGAAAAUGAAAUGCAUGUUUGCCGAGACGUUUGUGAUGAAACUGGUGACCCAGGAAGCCAUAAGCUGGAGGGAUCUGAGGGAGGUGUUUGUGAGAAUAUCAGGUGUAAUGUGGAAGGUAAUCAAGACAAUCUUGAUUCUUCAAGAACCUCUGAUCAAGAAGAUGCCAAUGAAGAGUUUCAGGAGACUCUAGAAAUGCCAUACGUGGAAACAGAUAGCGACCAACAGGAGGAGGAACUCUCAACGACUUCAGCUGCUGAACAUGAGAGUGUUUCAUGCCUGCAUGAAAUAAAUCAAGAGCUGCCGCCUGUAGAAAAUCCAAUUACUUCUAUUGAAGAUGCAGUGGAAGUAGGAAGUGAGGUAGACGGACAGAGACUGUUAAGUUCUUCUUAUAUCUUACAAACUGAGCCUGAACCAGAACCUGGAUCUCCUACAGGAACUAGUGAGGACACCUUAGAACCGGAAGAUCUUGAGGUUCUUUUAGGUUCUGGCUGUGAGGGGAUGGAGAACGUCCAAGAGAACCAGGAGAACAAGCCCAUUUGUGAAACUCAGGCAACACUGGAGGAAGUUCUUGAGUCAGUGAUUCCUGCUGAUAUGGAGAAAGUGAAUCUCCCAGAUGAUCAGGAUCCCAGGCAGGAUAUGACCUCAAACAAUGAGGUCAUGCAGGGUACAUCAGAAAUAGAGUCUUCUGAAGGAAAUUCAGACAAAGUUUUUGUAAAUACUAAUAAAUCUGGAGAUCAAGACACACCUGUACUAGUAGAGUCAAAUAAGUCUGGAAUCUCUGAGGAAAGUCUGGCAGUCAAUGCAGAAGAUCUGAUGAGUGUUUUGGUCUACAGUGACCAUGUAGAUGGUACCUUACACGUCUCAAAGGCACUUGAUAAGGAUGACAUUAUAGAUUCUUCUGUAUGUCCUGAACAAGCCCGGGAAAGAUUCAAUCUUUUGUCUCAAGACGCUGAAUCUGCAGUGCAUGAGGUUGGACAACCAGUGUGUGAAGAAGACCUACUGAAAGAGUCAGAUGCACAUUUGGAGGAUCAGAUGGACUUUCAGAAGACAAUGUGGCCUGAUAUCAUGGAUAAAAAAGAUGCACCACUGAUCCACAGAGACAAAGACGCGCUGUGUUCCAGUGUUUCCCAGAAGAGACACAGCCUGUCCACAGAGAGUUCACAGUAUCCAGAGUUUCACACUUGCAAUUCAGAAACGGUCACAUUUCGAGACUCAGGCAGCGAUACGGAUGGAUUUCUCAGUCCUGACACUGGAGAGGACAACGUCUUCAGAAAGGGGCAAGAAGCAGUAGGGGGAGGUGACAGCACAAGCGAGGUGUCUGUCUCAUGCUCCUCCACAGACGACACAGCCAGCGUCGGGCAUCCCAGCUCCUCGGCCGAGAGUUCUGAGGAGGUGCGGCAAGGAGGGGAGGCAGAAGAGGAGGCCAAAGACAGGUUAACCGAGGUGCCGCUCUCCGCCUCUCUCUUCCGGUCCAAAGUGCGAUCGCCCUCUCCGUUCCGCAGGCACAGCUGGGGUCCUGGGAAGAACCAGGGAGGGGAAGAAGAAAUGAACCAGCGCAGUUCUGUACGAGGUACAGGAGAGGAAAGACCUGUGUUUUACCGAAGAAGUCUGAGCUGGUGCCCCAGUGAGCCCUGUCGAGAGCUGGAAGAAAUUAGAGAGCUCAUCAGUUAUAGUCUGGAGGGUCUGGCAGCAGGAAUUGAGGAUGGCAAACGUUGGAUACCGCAGUCCGGAGGUCCAUCCACGGAUCAGCGAGGAGUGCAGAGGCAGGAAAGUGAAGAGAGGGGAUCACUGAUGUCUCUCACAGAAGAAGGUCCUGAGUCUGAUUUGGGAGACUGCAGCAGUCUGGGUGGUCAGAAAUCGAGGAAGUAUCAUCAGUUCAGACACAGCGGUCCAUCUGUGACUCUCCCCCUCAUGAAAUCAGUCUCUAUGCUCUCCAUCAGCCAACGGGACAUAGAUGGCAUGACGUCAUUCACCAGUAACUCCAGUUCCAUGGGAUACAGCAUCACAGAGGAGGAACCUGGACCUUUAAGAGGAGAUUUUGAAAAAAAUACCACCAAAGUUGGCCGGACUUUCAGCUACCUGAAGAACAAAAUGUACAAAAAAGCGAGAGAAAAAGACAAGGAAAAGAACCGUGAAAAAGACAGAGAGGCAAAAGAGAGAGACAAGAAAUCAGUGAAUGGACACCUGUUCAGCACGUCGAAUUUGCUGCAUCCGGCUUUGUGCCAGCAGUGCAGCAAAACCCUCAACACUAAAGAUGCUGUCAACUGCACAAAUUGCAGUGUGAGAGUUCACAAGAGCUGUAGAGAAAACCUCCCCUUUUGUCCCAAAAGCAGAAUGAAGUUUGCAAUACCAGAGUCCACCAAUAUGCCUGUCGUCACGCUACGAACAAAAUCGUCCACACUGCGGGAUCGUCCUUGGUCUGCUAUCUUUUCUCCAGAGGAACAUUCCGUGAUUAUUCCUUCCAGACGACCCACCAGUAUUAUGCCCUUCCACAGCAGCAACCUCUCGAAAAGCAUGUCCAUCAACAAUAUUACAAUGUUUGACGAUAUGCCUCUGAGAGGUAUGCGGUAUCUGUCGCAAUCCACAGACUCCCUCCACAAACCCAACAAGGUCACAGCGUCCACUGAGUCUCUAGAUGAAGGAACUGAGAUGAUUGACAGCCGGCUGAUGGGGGAGUUUGAAGCAGAUGUUAAAGAACUGGAGGCCGACUCCUGGAGCAUUACUGUAGAUAAGAAGUGUCUGAAGCAGCUCAAGAAGGACAUCAUUAAGAGGCAAGACGUCAUCUAUGAGCUGAUCCAGACGGAGAUGCAUCACCUGCGGACGUUACGGAUCAUGUCUGAUGUGUACAGUAAGGGCCUGCUGACAGAUCUCCAGCUGGAAGUCCAGAUGGCGGAGAAGAUGUUCCCCAUGCUGGACGAGCUCCUGGAACUCCACACGUUCUUUUUCAGUGCACUGCUGGAGAGGAAGAAGGAAGCCAGGCUGGAAGGAACAAACGGCUUCAUAAUCAACAGAAUAGGAGAUGUGCUGGUCAACCAGUUCUCAGACUCCAAUGCAGAAAGUAUGAAGAGAAUCUAUGGCAAAUUUUGCAGUCGACACAGUGAAGCAGUGAACUUCUAUAAGGAGCUGCAUGCCAGAGACAAACGCUUCCAGGCAUUCAUCAGGAAAAAAAUGAGCAGCAGUGUUGUCCGGAGGCUGGGCAUCCCAGAGUGCAUUUUGCUGGUGACUCAGCGAAUAACAAAGUACCCGGUGCUUUUACAGAGAAUCCUGCAGCACACCAAAGAGAACGAGGAGGAUUUUGAGGACUUGACGCAGGCGCUUCAGAUGGUGAAAGACAUCAUUACUUCAGUGGACAGUAAAGUAAAUGAACAUGAGAAGAAGAAAAAGUUGAAAGAGAUCUAUGGCCGUAUGGACAGCAAGUCCAUCAGUCGCAUGAAGAGCGGCCAGAUGUUUGCCCGAGAGGACCUGCUGCGCUGUCGGAAGCUUCUCCAUGACGGUCCUCUGCAGCUGAAAAAUGCUGCCGGGCGACUGAAGGAUGUCCAUGCAGUUCUUCUUUCUGAUGUCUUUGUGUUCCUCCAAGAAAAAGAUCAAAAAUAUGUUUUUGCAUCUCUGGACCAGCGAGCCACCGUUAUCUCCCUGCAGAAGCUGAUUGUGCGUGAGGUGGCCCACGAGGAACGCGGCCUCUUCCUCAUCACGGCCGGCAUCGCAAAUCCCGAAAUGGUGGAGGUUCAUGCCAGUUCCCGAGAGGAACGCAACACCUGGAUGCAGCUCAUUCAGGACGCCAUGCACUCAAUAGAAAAGGACGAUGAUGAGGGGAUCCCGAGUGAAACGGAGGAAGACAAGAAGCUACUUGAAACCAAAACUAAAGAAAUGAGAGACAUGCUCCAGAGGAAAGAUGAACAGAUCGUCUCACUCCUGCUGGAGAAGAUGAAGCUUUUCCGUGAAAUGUGCGGUUCAUCCGACGACACCGCUUCGCCAGUCAAAAUGCUCUUCAGGGCCAACAGUGAGGACGUACCCAAGGGGGAACCCAUCAUGAUAGACGCUCUCAGAGAGGUGGAGAUGUUGCAGGCGCUGGUAAACAGCACUCUGGGAGGGGCGGUCGGGCAGCAGGUGGCCUGCGCUCAGGGGAACAUGGGACCCGUGUGUCUGCCGCGCAGAGCCGAGACCUUCGGAGGCUUUGACAGCCACCAGAUGAACAUCUGCAAACAUGGCGACAAAGAGGAAGCUGAAGAUCUUCGGAGGACAGAAUCUGACAGUGUCCUAAAGAAGGGAGGAAACGCCAACCUGCUGCUCCUGCUGAAGAGAAACAGCGAGCAGGUCCUGACUAGUGUCACUCACCUCCAUGAGCUCUUGACCUCACUUCAGGCUGUGGUGCUGCAGCAGGACACUUUUAUCGAGGACCAGCGUCAGGCCCUGAGCGAGCGCACCCCGUCCCGCUCCUCUCGUCCCCCCUCGCUGGUGGAGCAGGAGAAACAGCGCAGCUUGGAGCGGCACCGACAGGAAGCCGCCGCUCUACAGCGUCAGCAGGCAGCCCACGCCGAAGAGAAGCGACGCAAGGAAAAGGAGUGGGAUGUGAAGGAACGGGAGCUGAUGGACCGGGAGGUGCUGCUGAACGUGAGGGAGGAGGAGAUGCGGAGGAGGAACAAGGAGUUGGAGGAUGCGCAGCAGGAGCUGCUGGGAAGGAAGGAGGAUUAUCAGAAGGAUCUAGAGAGACUGAGGGAUGCUCAGAGGAGGCUGGAGAGGGAGAGGGAGCAGAUGCAGAAGGAGCUGGAGAGAGUGGAGCACCUCCGGGAGGUGGAGGCUCGUCUUCAGCGCACCCCGUCCAGCACAUCAGAGGACUCCCUGAAGCUCCAGAGCAGCAGCUCCAUAGAGCGAGAGAUCUGGGAGGGCGAGUUAUCGUCCAGCCCCAGGAAGAACUCUUUGUCCAGGAUUGACUCCAAACAGAAGGGCCGCAGCCUCUUCUCCUUGGGCGGCAAAACUCAGAGCAUAGAGGGUCAAAACCAGAUGCCCACACGACUGCUUCAGCUGGCUACAUCUAAGGAGAAAAAGGACAAAAAGAAGAAGAAGAGCAAAAACCAGCCUCCUCAGGAUGCAGCAUCACAUCUGUUGCCCCUGGCGGAGCCUCCUAUGGAUGGAGAGAUCUUCUUCUGCUGAUUUACCCAUCAUCCCUUCUGUCCACAUCAUUCCCUCUCAUGGACUUUCUAUCAAAUCUUGUAGGAAGUUUCCCAAAGUGCCCUCAUAUCACAGUUAUGAUUCGGCAAUCUUUCUAAAAUAUGAUAAAUCACACAAAACAUAUCCAAGUCAUAUUAUAUCCCAAAAUAAAAUAUUAUAUUUUAGUAUUGUUUUAUUAUUUUUUUUUUUUUUGUAUUAUGACAUUAUUUUAAUAACAAUUUAGGACAUUUACCCCUAAAUUACUGUAAUGUAGAAACAGUAAUAAUAUAUUAUUUAAGUUGUAUUUAUAUAGCAUGGUAAAUGUUCCUUUUAUAUAAUAUUUUAUAUAAAAUGUAUUUUUGCUGUUAUAAAGUUAAAAACUUGCUGUAUUACAGUAAGAAUUAUUUUUUUAUAUGUGUGUGUAUAUAUAUAUAUAUAUAUAUAUACACACACACACACACACAUACAUACAUACAUACAUACAUAUAUCUAUAUAUAUAUAUAUAUACACUAAAAAUGUUUCCAUCGAAAAAGUAACAUACCGUAAAAUCAAUGCAUUCUAGGUAAUAUUAUUUAUCGUUUUCAAGAAAUUAUCCUAUAGGUUACUUUCUCGAAAAGGAUAAAUAUUACCCAGAAUGCAUUGUUUUUACAGUUUAUUACUUUUGUAUAUUACAAUGCAUUCUGUAUAUUAUAAUGCAUUCUGGGUAAUAUUUGUCGUUUUCAAGAAAGUCGCCUAUAGGCCUCUUUUCUUAAAGUGACAAAUAUUACCCACAAUGCAUUGUUUUAUGGUACAUUACUGUUUCAGUGGAAAACUGUAUUUUACUGUGUACAUUUUUUCAUUUUUUUUUGUUAUUUUUUAGCGUGUAUAUAUAAUUUUUUUAUUUUUUAAAGCUUUAAUUUUUUUUAAAACUUUAAUUUAUAAUUUAUAUAUAUAUAUAUAUAUAUAUAUAUAUAUAUAUAUAUAUUUAUAUAUAAUAUACACUUUUUAAAUUACUAUUAUUUUUAUUAUUAUUAAUUUAUUUUGGGGAUAAAUAUGACGUGGACAUGUUUGUGAGAUUCACCCAGAGAACUACACAUCAAUCUUAAGAUUUGCACUUUCAAAUGUUUGUUAAUCAGACAAAUCCCAUCUAUCCAUAACAUUUUAAAACAUACAGAUUUCUGUAUUUCUGUGUCUCAGUUGUCGGCACUCAUUUACAAAUCAGUUGUUCCACCAAAAGGUUCGGAAAACGCAAAAAUUGUAAUCAAUUAUAGCCCCCCCUUUUGGCCAACAUUUUAGGACGAGAAAUCAUUUCAGCUUAUUGCACACAAGAAUGACAAUUUAAAAUUUAAUCUCAGUUUUAACAUUUAAACAGAUUAGGGCAGAGAGGUGGUUUUCCAUUUUCCCCAUGUCUUCUAUUUUAGGUUCCCGAAGGAAUGUCCCGUCUUUGAAAUGCCACCGAGCACUUUAACACCCUUCACAUGUUACCCCGAAGAUGACAAUCAAUUUUUCAUUAGCAUUCCAAAGAUAAUGCCCUAAGGACAGUUUUUGGGGGCCGUUGUAUAACAUACCAAGGCAUUUGAUGCUAGUUUGAGAUUCUCUGAUCCAUCUGUGUUUAAUACUUCAUGACUUUAGCAGGACAGAUGAGCUGUAAAUACUGUAUGAAUCGUAGACUCCUGGAGGAUAUUUAAAGCUACCUGCUGGACAGGUAAUGGAGAUAAACAUCCACACAGGAUAGUGAACUUAGCCUAUACGUUCACCCUUAUGGAUCGAAUGAACCAUAUCAUAUCUAAAUGUCAAAAAUAAUACAUUCAACACCCCGGUUUUGCACACAAAGUGUCCACUUAUUUCAUCAUACAUGAAUAUUCACCCUACAAGCAUACAGGCUUUUGUUCAGCUAGAGAUUCUGUUGGCCUGAUUUUGUUAGGAGUUAUUGGUCCAAGAACAUUUGUUAUUUUUAUUUUAAUUCUGUUUUUUUAAGCAGUACAUGCUCUUAAAGUCCUACUUGUGCAGGUUUGCGUUGCAGUUUUCACCUGCACUGACUUAACUCCACCAUGAGGGUGCAGCAGAGAAGCAUUUUAUAAUGGAAAGCUCCUCUGUGGAUUUACAUAACUUGAUGUCAGAGGAGACACAGUGACGCAGUGCAGGAAUUAUUAUUUCGUCACACGCACAAAGGGAAUUAUUGAUUUGUAAUUUAAGAACGGUGCCUUUGGCCUUACAGAACUGUCAGUCACACUUUUGUCCUCAGGAACAAAGCGACAGGGAAAACUCAAUUCAGGCAGUAUAUUGUUGAAAUGUCUCAUGCAUAAACGUAAAUUGAAGUUGCUUAGCCUUAAAGAAAUGAUGGCGUGCACUAAAAUAUAACCCUGCAUUUUCUCAGGAGUAUAGUUUCAUUUUUUUUGUUUAUCUUUCAUUUGUACAUUGAGGUACAUGUUUUCUUGCAAAAUAAAAAGGAAGAAUUAAUAUGUAAAUAUUGUAACAUGUUGAAAUGUAAAAUUCUGAAAAUGUUUAAUUUGUGAUUAAUUUUGUAAGAUGUGUUUGAGACGUAAUGCUUUAUUUAUCAUUGAUCCCCUUGUGUUGAAGCAGAAGACGCAAUAUUUUCCUCACAUUAAAAGCUAUUGCAAAUUU